AUGCCUACCGCCCUCACCGUCCACGGGCUGCCCGCCUCCGAGAUCCACUCGGCCAUCCAGAAGCUCACCGACAACCUCGUCAACAUCAACGACCAGACCGGCCACUUCCUGCUGCGCCUGCCCGACGGCCGCGUCAUCGACACCAAGGGCUGGAACGACUGGGAAUGGACGCACGGCAUCGGCCUGUACGGCCUGUACCAAUACUACACCCUCACCGCCUCUGAGCCCACGCUCGCCGUCAUCAAGUCGUGGUUCGCCGGCCGCCUCGCCGAGGGCACCACCAAGAACAUCAACACCAUGUCCGUGUUCCUCACCCUGGCCUACCUGUACGAGGACCCGCGCCUGCGCGACGACACCUGGCGCCCCUGGCUCGAGUCCUGGGCCGAGUGGGCCAUGCACGACCUGCCGCGCACCCCCUUCGGCGGCUUCCAGCACAUCACCUACCUCGAGGAGAACCGCGGCCAGCUGUGGGACGACACGCUGAUGAUGACGGUGAUGCCGCUGGCCAAGAUCGGCCUCGUGCUCGGCCGCCCGCACUACGUCGACGAGGCCAAGCGCCAGUUCCUCGUGCACAUGCAGUUCCUGUUCGACAAGGACACGGGCCUCUUCUUCCACGGCUGGCAGUUCGAAAAGGGCGCCGGCCCCAAGGGCGGGCUGGGCCACAACUUCGCCCGCGCCCGCUGGGCCCGGGGCAACGCGUGGGUCACCAUCGUGAUCCCGGACUUCAUCGAGCUGCUCGACCUGCAGCCGGGCGACGCGACGCGCGAGUACCUGCUCGACGUGCUGCGCGCCCAGGUCGACGCCCUCGCCGCGCUGCAGACGCCCGACGGCCUGUGGCGCACCCUGCUCGACGAGCCCGAGGCCGCGGGCAGCUACGUCGAGGCCUCGGCCACGGCCGGCUUCGCCUACGGCAUCCUCAAGGCCCUGCGCAAGCGCUACCUGCCCGCCGACGGCGGCCGCUACGAGGACGUGGCCAUGCGCGCCACAAAGGCCGUCCUCGCCAAGAUCAGCCCCGACGGCGAGCUGCUCGACACCAGCUUCGGCACCGGCAUGGGCCGCGACUACAAGCACUACUUUGACAUCGAGUGCACGAGCAUGCCCUACGGCCAGGCCAUGGCCAUCAUGACUCUCGUCGAGUUCUUGAGGUUAUACGUUUGA